AGCGGAACUGUUGCCGGGGAGUCCAGCUCUGAGCCUGCUAGCCCAGACACAUCUCUCAGGCCUGUCCUUACCAUAAUGGAGGAUGAGAGGCUGACCAUGACCGAGGGUCAAUACAAAUGUCUUGAACUUUUCCGCCGAAACCAGCAGCACAACAGAACAGGUGAAGCACAAAUCACUCAUUUGAAAGUACAAAAAUUGAUGUACCAAUCCCAGAUUGCCCCUUUAAUCUAAUCACACUACUUACUGGGAGACUGGGAUCUGAUUACUGGAGCUCUUUGAGAAAGCACUAGUGUUGAUGCUAUGACCUUUGUUGCGUAAGUACAUCUUAGUGGAUGGAUGUGUAAUCAGUGCUCCCUUGAUGCUAUAGGUAACAGAAAUGCUGUUACCUGGACUUAAAGGAAAAUUUCACCCAAAAACUAUAUUUUGGUUUUUGUUUCAUUAGUCCAUUGUUGACAGUCGCAAAAUGUUUUGCUUGUCACCAAUCAAGUUUUCAAGAUAGUAUGUAACUUUGAAAAUACAUAAAUAAUUCCCAUAUAAUGCAAAACGCAGCAUCAUAUGAUGCAAAAUGCAUCAUACGGAGAUGAUUUCUAUAUUUUGAAAGUUACAUAUCUUGAACAUUUGUUUUCCUUUAAGUGUAGUGAUAUAUGCCUAUAAAAUACUUAAACUCAGUGAUAUAGGCCUAUAAAAUACUUAAAUGCAGUGAUAUAUGCCUAUAAAAUACUUAAAUGCUGUCACGACUUCCUCCGAAGCUUCCUCCUCUCCUUGUUCGGGCAGGCUUCUGCGUUCGUCGUCACCGGCCUUCUAGCCACUGCCGUUCCUCUUCUCAUCAUUCCAUUUGUUUUGUCUUGUUUUUUACACACACCUGGUUCAUAUCCCCUCAUCAGUCCCUAUAUAAGUAUUCCCUCUGCCCCCCAUGUCUUUGUGUGUGAUUGUUUCCAUGUGGAGGUGUCGAUAGCUCGGUGGAGCAUUAUGUAUUUUAUCGCUGUGAUAUUCACCCGUGUGUUUUGUUUUUGCCGUUAAGUCGCACUGUAGUUGUUUUACGCAUUGCUGCGAACCGCUGUAUUGGCCGAAUAAACCAGACUUUGCCCUGGAGUUUAGAACUCUAGCGGCUGGGUCCGGGUGGAACGAGCGGGCCCUCAUCGACCACUUCCGAUGCAGCCUGCGUGAGGAUGUCCGAAGGGAGCUAGCCUGCCGGGAUACCACGUUGAUCUUCAGCCUACUGGUGGACAUGGCCAUCCGGUUGGACAACCUGCUGGCUUCGAGAGGACGUCCUGGAAGGGGCCUGCCCGUUUCACCCCCCUUCAACCCGGAUCACGUUCCGAUUGAGCUGGGUGGUGCAGCGUUCCGGGAGAACGGAGGAUGACAGCUCCAGUGUCACUCUUGUGGCAAGAGAGGACAUUCUGCUGUACGAUGUCGUCAGAGUUCUUCUGGUUCUGGAGACGGCAGGCAGGGCACUCUCACGUCACCCCAGGUAGUGCAAACCCACACUCGUUCAGAGCCCUCUGCUGCGCAUUUCACCAUCCACGUCAACUUCCCUGAUUACACGGUAGUUCCCCAGUGUAAUGCGCUGGUAGAUUCAGGCGCAGCUGGGAACUUUAUGGACAGGUCUUUAGCUCUUAGUCUAUGUAUUCCAUUGGUUUCCCUGUCUAUUCCAUUACCCAUCAAAGCACUUGACAAUCGACCAUUAGGGUCAGGUUUUGUUAGGGAGGUUACAACACCAGUCACUAUGAUUACGCAGGAGACCCAUAAUGAGCAAAUCACGUUUCACAUUAUUGAGUCCCCUGAUUUCCCUGUUGUGUUGGGCCUUCCCUAGCUAGCACUACACGACCCCACCUUUUCAUGGCCACAGAGGGCUCUCACAGGGUGGUCACGAGAGUGUCAGGGUAGGUGUCUAGCUGUUUCCGUUGGUGCGAGCAUGGUAUAAAGUCCAAACAAUACCUCCACCGUGCGCAUUCCCCCCGAAUACCUCGAUUUGGCGCACACGUUUUCCAAAACGUAGGCGACCAAAUUACCACCCCAUCGGGCGGGGUAUUGCGCGAUAAACCUCUGGUUAGACGCUGUGCCGCCCACGAGUCAUAUAUAACCCCUGUCGCAGGCGGAAACGGAGCCUAUGGAAACAUACGGUUACGAGUACAUGUGUCAGGGGUUCAUACAUCCCUCCACUUCACCCGCCUCCUCGAGUUUCUUUUUCGUGAAGAAGAAAGACGGGGGUCUGCGCCCUUGCAUUGAUUACCGUGCACUUAGUAAAACUACCAUUCGCUAUAGUUAUCCUCUACCCCUCAUUUCCUCAAUGCAUGGGGCACGCUUCUUCACGAAAUUAGAUCUCAGGAGUGCAUACAACCUGGUGCGUAUGCGGGAAGGGGACAAGUGGAAGACAGCAUUUAGCACAACCACGGGGCAUUAUGCAUACCUGAUGAUGCCGUACGGGUUGAUGAAUGCUCCUUUGUGAACGAGGUGUUUCGAGACAUGCUUGGUCACGGUGUGGUGGUCUACAUCGAUGACAUCCUGGUGUAUUCCGCUACGCGCGCCGAGCAUGGGUCCCUGGUUCGCAGAGUGCUGGACCGACUGUUGGAGCAUGACCUGUAUGCCAAGGCAGAAAAGUGUCUGUUCUUCCAACAAUCCGUCUCCUUCCUCGGAUACCACAUCACCACCUCAGGUGUGGAGAUGGAGGGAGACCGCAUUUCAGCCGUGCACAAUUGGCCGACUCCAACCACGGUAAAGGAGGUGCAGCGCUUCAUUGGCUUUGCCAAUUACUAUUGGAGGUUUAUCCGGGGCUUUGGCAAGGUCGCAGCUCUCAUCACCUCUCUGUUGAAGGGUGGGCCGUCCCGGCUCCGCUGGUCUGCUGAGGCUGACAGGGCUUUCAGUAACCUGAGGGCUCUGUUCACCUCAGCCCCGGUACUGGCCCAUCUCGAUCCAUCAUUGCCGUUCGUAGUGGAGGUGGAUGCGUACGAGGUAGGGGUAGGCGCUGUCCUAUCCCAAUGCUCGGGCACGCCACCCAAGCUCCGCCCCUGUGCCUUCUUCUCUAAGAAGCUCAGACCGGCGAAGCAGAACUAUGACGUUGGUGAUCGGGAGCUGUUGGCUGUUGUCAGAGCCCUGACAGCGUGGAGGCACUGGCUCGAGGGGGCAAAACACUCUUUCCUCGUCUGGACUGACCACCGUAACCUGGAAUACAUCCAGGCAGCGAGGAGGCAGAACCCUCGCCAGGCCAGGUGGACCUUGUUCUUCACCUGGUUCGAUUUCACGCUGUCCUAUAUACCAGGCACAAAGAACGUGAAGGCAGACGCACUGUCACGGCUGUACGACACAGAGGAGAGGCCCAUAGACAACAGCCUCAUACUCCCGGCCUCCUGCAUUGUGGCGCCGGUGGUGUGGGCGGUGGACGCGGACAUAGAGCGGGCGUUACGCACAGAGCCAUCUCCAUCUCAGUGCCCAGCUGGGCUGCGUCUAGUGUCCGUGAUCGUCUUAUCUAUUGGGCACACACGUCUCCCUCCUCUGGUCACCCAGGCAUCGGCCGUACAGUGCGCUGCCUGACCGGGAAGUACUGGUGGCCUACCUUGGCUAAGGAUGUGAGGGUGUAUGUCUCCUCCUGCUCGGUGUGCGCCCAGAAUAAAAAACCUAAGCACCUUCCAGCGGGUAAGUUACAACCCUUACCAGUUCCACAAUGACCAUGGUCCCACUUAUCGAUUGACUUUCUAACUGAUCUUCCCCUCUCUCAAGGGAACACCACCAUCCUGGUCGUUGUGGACCGCUUCUAUAAAGCCUGCCACCUCCUUCCUCUGCCCGGUCUCCCCACUGCCCUGCAAACUGCGGAAGCCCUGUUUACUCACGUCUUCCGGCACUACGGGGUGCCAGAGGACAUAGUGUCUGACCGGGGUCCCCAGUUUACGUCUAGAGUCUGGAAGGCGUUCAUGGAACGUCUGGGGGUCUCGGUCAGCCUGACCUCUGGGUUUCACCCCGAAUCUAAUGGGCAGGUGGAACGGGUGAAUCAGGAUGUGGGUAGGUUCCUGCGGUCCUACUGCCAGGACCGGCCGGGGGACUGGUCGGUGUUCUUGCCAUUGGCCGAAUUUGCCCAGAACUCUCUCCGCCACUCCUCCACUAACCUAUCACCAUUUCAAUGUGUUUUAGGGUAUCAGCCGGUCCUGGCACAGUGGCAUCAGAGCCAGACCGAAGCUGGACGAUUGGUUUCGGCGCACGGUGGAGACAUGGAAUGCCGUCCACCUCCAGCGCGCCGUGCAUCGCUAGAAAGCCAACGCUGACCACCACCGCAGUGAGGCCCCGGUCUUUGUACCGGGUGAUCGGGUCUGGCUCUCGACCCGGAACCGGCCCCUCCACCUGCCCUGCCGGAAGCUGAGCCCGUGGUUUGUGGGGCCAUUCAAAGUCCUGAGGAGAGUUAACGAGGUUACGUAUAGGUUGCUGCUCCCUCCUGAUUACCAUAUUAACCCCUCGUUUCAUGUAUCUCUCCUCAGGCCGGUGGUGGCUGGUCCGCUCCAGGUGUCUGAGGUUUGGGAGGUCCCUCCGCCCCCUCUGGACAUCAAGGGGCCCCUGGCGUACUCCGUCCGUUCCAUUCUGGAUUCAAGGCGUCGGGUGGGGGGCAUUCAGUACCUCGUGGAGUGGGAGGGGUACGGUCCGGAGGAGCGGUGCCGGGUCCCGGUGAAGGAUGUCAUCGAUCCCUUCCUGUUGCCGGAUUUCCACCAUCGCCAUCCAGCUCAUCCUGCUCCAUGUCCUCCUGGCCGUCCCCGAGGCCGCGUCGGCGCGCUGCUGGAGCUGCGCGUCAAGGGGGGGGUACUGUCACGACUUCCUCCGAAGCUGCCUCCUCUCCUUGUUCGGGCAGGCUUCUGCGUUCGUCGUCACCGGCCUUCUAGCCACUGCCGCUCCUCUUCUCAUCAUUCCAUUUGUUUUGUCUUGUUUUUUACACACACCUGGUUAAUAUCCCCUCAUCAGUCCCUAUAUAAGUAUUCCCUCUGCCCCCCAUGUCUUUGUGUGUGAUUGUUUCCAUGUGGAGGUGUCGAUAGCUCGGUGGAGCAUUAUGUACUUUAUCGGCGGGAUAUUCACCCGUGUUUUUUUUCCACAGUGCGCCGUUAAUUUGCACUGUAGUUGUUUUACGCAUUGCUGUGAACCGCUGUAUUGGCCGAAUAAACCAUUAUUCUGUGAUUUACACCUCCGUCCAAAUCACCCGCUACAAAUGCAGUGAUAUAUGCCUAUAAAAUACUUAAAUGCAGUGAUAUAGGCCUACAGAAAACUUAAAUGCAGUGAUAUAGGCCUACAGAAAACGUAAAUGCAGUGAUAUAGGCCUAUAAAAGACUUAAAUACAGCGAUAUAGACCUAUAAAAUACUUAAAUACAGUGAUAUAGACCUAUAAAAUACUUAAAUACAGCGAUAUAGACCUAUAAAAUACUUAAAUGCAGUGAUAUAGGCCUAUAAAACCACCAUAGCUAAAUGGAUGGAGCAUCUCGGCUAUUAUGGAAAGUGCUAGACAUGAAUCGUUAACACAUGGUUCAGCAAUAGGGAGGUAGCCUGAAGUGUUAUUAAUGAACAGCUAGCUAUAGAUAUUAAAAAGUAAUUCUCCCUGAUGCAGGUGUGUUCUGUAGUCGUAUGUGGGAUGGCUUGUUGUGUUGGAACGAGACUCCAGUGGGGAGCUACGCCACACAGAACUGCCCAGACUACCCCAGCCUGGACACCUCUGGUAAGACCACACACUGAUAAAUGAUCCAAUCUCUGCAGAGGGAAUUGGCCAGGCCACAGGUCGAUUAUAGAGAUGAUAGGGGUGACUAGAGGUCAUUUUGACCAAUAGUCUCUAUAGGAAUGACAAUAUAGCAUCUUUCUGCACCUGCUUUCACUCGAGUUCUGAUGUAGGAUCAGUUUGCCUUUUAGAUCAUAAUGAAUAAGAUUAUAUGGUAAGGAGGGACCUGGUCCUAGAUCUGUAUCAAACAACAAUCUAGGAUCAGGUCCUCCCUGUCCCUGUAAUCUUAUUGAAUGUGAUCUAAAAGGCUAAAUUGAUCCUAGAUCAGCACUCCUACUCUGAGAUGCUUUUUGAAUACAGGCCCUUAUCUGACCAAUCCGACCAGUAACGCAAUGACUGCAAUGAGAGUUGGACUAAAGAGCGUAGAGUAUAUACAGUGUCUUUCAAAAGUAUUCAUACCCCUUGGUGUUUCUCCUAUUUUGUUGCAUUACAACCUGUAAUUUAAAUGGAUUUUUAUUUGGAUUUCAUGAAAUGGACAUACACAAAAUAGUCCAAAUUGGUGAAGUGAAAUUUAAAAAAUAACUUGGUUCCAGAAAUUCUAAAAAAUAAAUAACGGAAAAGUGGUGAGUGCAUAUGUAUUCACACCGUUUGAUAUGAAGCCCCUAAAUAAGAUCUGGUGCAACCAAUUACCUUCAGAAGUCACAUAAUUAGUUAGAUUGCACACAGGUGGACUUUAUUUGAGUGUCACAUGAUCUGUCACAUAAUCUCAGUAUAUAUACACCUGUUCUGAAAUGCCCCAGAGUCUGCAACACCACUAAGCAAGGGGCACCACCAAGCAAGCGGCAACAUGAAGACCAAGGAGCUCUCCAAACAGGUCAGGGACAAAGUUGUGGAGAAGUACAGAUCAGGGUUGGGUUAUAAAAAAAUAUCUGAAACUUUGAACAUCCCACCAUUAAAUCCAUUAUUAAAAAUGGAAAGAAUAUGGCACCACAACAAACCUGCCAAGAGAGGGCCGCCCACCAAAACUCACGGCCCAGGCAAGGAGGGCAUUAAUCAGAGAGGCAACAAAGAGACCAAAGAUAACCCUCAAGGAGCUGCAAAGCUUCACAGCGGAGAUUGGAGAAUCUGUCCAUAGGACCACUUUAAGCCGUACAUUCCACAGAGCUGGGCUAUAUGGAAGAGUGACCAGAAAAAAGCCAUUGCUUAAAGAAAAAAAUAAGCAAACACGUUUGUUGUUCGCCAAAAGGCAUGUGGGAGACUCCCAAACAUAUGGAAGAAGGGACUCUGGUCAGAUGAGACUAAAAUUGAGCUUUUUAUUUCACAAUAAAAAAUAUUUUGCAUCUUCAAAGUGGUAGGCAUGUUGUGUAAAUCAAAUGAUACAACCCCCCCCAAAAUCAAUUUUAAUUCCAGGUUGUAAGGCAACAAAAUAGGAACAAUGCCAACAGGGGUGAAUACUUUCACAAGCCACUGUAGAUUGUUAUCACUGGUGAUGCAACAAGGUUUUUUAAUGAUGUCACCCUUUUUUGGUUCGGUUGAAGCCAGCUGUCUUGGAAAGCUUGGCUGGGUUUUAUGUACAGAACCGUUGAUUAGCUGCUGGGGGAUGACCGGCUGCUGGGUUAGCGUGCUUACAGAGAGGGAACAUUGUGAUCUCAGGCAUUAUCGAACAGGAGAUUCAACUCACGCUUUAGGGAUUAGAGCAGGGAAGAGUUUCCCUAAGUCUGUUAUAUUAAAGUAUUGUGUGAUGCCCAUAACUUACAUCUUAAGCUUUGGUGGUAAAUUAGUUGAAUAACAAGGAGCUGGCUCUCAGUGUUAUGGAAUAACAAGGAGCUGGCUCUCAGUGUUAUGGAAUGACAAGGAGCUGGCUCUCAGUGUUACGGAAUGACAAGGAGCUGGCUCUCAGUGUUAUGGAAUGACAAGGAGCUGGCUCUCAGUGUUAUGGAAUAACAAGGAGCUGGCUCUCAGUGUUAUGGAAUGACAAGGAGCUGGCUCUCAGUGUUACGGAAUGACAAGGAGCUGGCUCUCAGUGUUACGGAAUGACAAGGAGCUGGCUCUUAGUGUUAUGGAAUGACAAGGAGCUGGCUCUCAGUGUUAUGGAAUGACAAGGAGCUGGCUCUCAGUGUUAUGGAAUGCAGUCAUGCUCAAUUGAGUAACAGAGUACCACUUAAAGGGGCAAUAUGCAGUACAAACAACAUGAGAGAAAAAACGACCCACAGGUCACAAACUGGUUGAAUCAACAUUGUUUCCACGUCAUGUAAAAAAUGUUGAAUCAACAUGAAAAACGUAUUGGAUAAAAAAAAAAAUAGUAUAUGUAAGGGAAUUUCGUAUUUUUUUCACCCAACUUUUAACCCAAUGACAUGGUGAAAUAUUUUGUUAUUUUUACAUUGAAUUCACGUUAGUUGAUAACUCAACCAAAUGUUAAUCAAAACUAGGCUUUGAACUGACGUCUAUGCCCAGUGGGUAACUAUUGCCUCUACAGUUGAUAUUACAGUCCAGUCAGCUAUAGCAGUGGCUUCAUAUAUAGCACCUAUCACACUGAUGGAUUCAACAGCUGCCAAGUCACCAUUACUCAUCGCGGAAAUUAUAUCGCUAACAAUUAACGUUACCAUUCAUUUAUUUUGUUGUUGCAGGAAAAGUGUCAAAAUAUUGUGAUGAAUCUGGUAAUUGGGUCCAAAGUCCCUUCAUUAAUAAGACCUGGUCCAGAUGUCUGAAGUUCUCGAAGGACAAAUUAAAGGUAAUUGGAGAUUGAUUCGUUCUCAGUUGAUUAAUGGACAAAACGGUACAGGUCUGUGUGGGAUGGUCAAUGCAUCCCAAAUGGCACCAUAUUCCCUAUAAAGUCCACUACUUUGGACCAGAGCCCUAUGGGCCCUGGUCUAAGGUAUUGCACUAUUUAGUGAGUAGGGUGCCAUUUGGAACGCAGCCUGGGUGUGUAGGCAGGACCGCAACAGCUCUAGUCAAACUAUUCUUAAUCCUUAUUCUGUUUGUGUUGUCGGUCUGUUGUGUUUCCUGGUUAUUAUUCCUUUGAUAGUUUAACGCCAUAACUAGAGCCAGGAGGUUUUCCUAGUCUGGUCUCUUGAUCAGGUACAACUCUUGGCCCCGCCUACCCAUUCUGUAUGUUGUCUGUAGUGUUUUCUGCUUGUUUUUAAAAUGUUUUCUACUUUACUUUUCUUCUAUUACUUAUUUAUUUGUAUUUUUAUAAUCACUGCUACUGUUCGCUGUUGACAAAUAGAAAUCCUCCUGCUGUAUUCUAUCUGUGUGUGUGUUUCUUUAUGGUGUCUGUCCCGUUACAUGUUGUUCUUCCCCAGAAGGUGACUCUCCAUGGUCUGCUAGAGCCAGGGUCUGUGGAGCACACUGUGGAGACUCCAGUCAGCCAGAAGGUGACUCCCCAUGGUCUGCUAGAGCCAGGGUCUGUGGAGCCCACUGUGGAGACUCCAGUCAGCCAGAAGGUGACUCUCCAUGGUCUGCUAGAGCCAGGGUCUGUGGAGCACACUGUGGAGACUCCAGUCAGCCAGAAGGUGACUCCCCAUGGUCUGCUAGAGCCUGGGUCUGUGGAGCCCACUGUGGAGACUCCAGUCAGCCCCAGGGUCAGUCAGGAGGUGGAGGAGAGGAAGAAGAUCAUCGACGGUCAAUACAAAUGCUUUGAGAAGAUGAACAGAGACCAGCCUUAUAACAAAUCAGGUAGUGAUGAUGUGCGAUACUCUAAUACUGCUUUCACAUAGGAUUUAUGGUAUUUUGCCUGUACUUUUUGGGGGGCAUUUUUACAAUUUCUACAAACAUUUUGCCUGCAUAAGCCUUUCAUACCUCCCAUGCACAUGCUGGCAUCCUGGUGAGGAGUUGUAGUAGUGGUGUGCAGAUGUGGGUGGGCGUCUAUUUUAAUAAAUCCAUUGAGAAAAUACACAGGUCCUAAGAAACAUUAUAAGACUAAUCAAAUUUAUUUUCAAAAGAAUAGAAUGCCAUAUUUUGAAUUUAAUUAUGUUACUGGUCUGUGCAGCCUAUAUGGCUGCAGCAUGCACUUGAAAUCAAUAGUUAUUUUGUUAAUUAAACAGACAAGACACACUUAGGCUAACCUGAUCACAGUCAACACAUAUAUUUUAUAGUAGGCUAAGAAUAAAAUACGAAUAAUAUUUUUCCCACACAACUUGCGUCAUGGCAACGCAUGGAACCGCUAUCAUAUAAAAAAAGGUGAUAUUUUGAAACAGGGCCCAAGGCAAGCCCAUGCUUUUUUGAUCCACGUUUCAUCUCUUUCCUACCCUCACUCUGCCUUGUUAGGGAGCAGGCAUUAGGGUCUUACAUUGAGAGUAUCUUCAUCAUGAUACCCAUGGAAAAUAAUAUAAAUAAAAUAAAUCUAUAUUUUCAAAAGCAUGUGAAUCUCCUGUUCAUAUUUCACAUCCUCGGCGGGCUUUUGGAGUUACCUGUACGCGAUCUAGCAAAAAUAAUGGCCUACACUUGAUUUAGGCUACAUUAUUUGACUCGGUACCGGUACCCCCUGUAUAUAGCCUCGUUAUUGUUAUUUAUUUUAUUGUCUUACUUUUUAUUCAUUUUUUUACUUUAGUUUAUUUAGUAAAUAUUUUCUUAACUCUAUUUCUUGAACUGCAUUGUUGGUUAAGGGCUUGUAAGUAAGCAUUUCACGGUUGUAUUCGCAUAUAUGAUUUAAUUUGAUUUGAUGCUAAAUGUUUCUGAUCAGUGAUAGAGGACCAAAUGAGCUAUACCACCUCCUCUUAUUUGCCCAGCCAGAGAAUUAACCAAAUAUACAGACGGAGAUUCAGUGAAACAAAAUCACAUUGAUUGAUUGAGACAAGUCACAGGCUUUUUGGUCGGGAGUAGGCCUAGGCUACUAAAUGACUGCGAGUGAAGAGCAAAAUAAUCCACUUGUAAAACUACAUAACAUGCUGGCAAAAUGUUUUGAUCAGUGCUAAUAAAUGAGCCAACUAGACAAGAUGAUUAUGAGCAGCCCUCAGCUCAACUUGGUUAACAUCUCCACAGCCUAAUUGUAAACUAACCAACAUCCAAACAAAGAUUCAGUGAAAAUAAACAUCUGACAUUGAUUGAUUUGAUCAAGACCCCAGGGUUGUCUCAAAGCAGCGCUUAAACAGUUGACCACAAGUGGGUAGGCUAUUGUUUACAUUGUAUUAUAACAAUAUUGGAUGACUGGGCAGUUUCAGUAAGCAACAAGUUGAUGCCUUCCAUUGCAUUGGCCUACUUUAUUCCAGUAUUUUCCUAAUUCAGUGAUUAUUUAUUCCCACAGUAAUUCUUUAUGGAUCCGUCCAGUUGUGGUUAAGAAAGUCAUGCAUGUGAUGGGCUUUGGGAAGAGAUGGGUGAAGUGACUUACAUGCCUUGCAAAGUUUAGAACUGCCAAGGAGGAUUGUAGUAACAGGCGCUGCUUAGCAACCACCUCGAGUUUAAGAGCGUAGUGCGUGCCAAAAUGCCGCCUAAGCAUUACGGCUACAUUUCAUAGUAGGCAGAACUUUACCUCAAUCAUGACUAGGUCGGUUGCCGGAAAUAAAAGUAGAGGCUUUGUAUCCAGCAAUACCUUUCAUAUAUAAAGAAAAGUCGGCAAAAAGUUGACGGGAUGCUAAAGUUGGCAGAAAAACGUAUUGGUUUAAAAGGUGUAUCAUAAUACCGACUCAGAGUGUGUGAUUAUUCCAGAAUAUAAUUAGAAUAGAAUACUUUUCACAGUCACUUCAAGGUUACAGCACACAAUCAGAAGAACCCACAAAGACAGGUACGGUCACAAUGUCACUGUGCAGAAUUCCGAUAAACAUGCUAUUCCAGUAGACAGAUGACAGACGAGUGUGGCCAAAUGGUUCAUGUAGCCUACAGCUGGUUUCACUAAGCUAAAUUACGUAGUGUAUUCACAGUGAGUCUUCAUUAGUGUGCUGUGUCUGGUUGUGUGUUGCUGGCGGUGCAGGGCUGUACUGUAACCGGACCUGGGAUGGCUGGCUGUGCUGGGAUGAUACACCUGCUGGGACAGUCACCUGGCAGAACUGUCCCAACUAUUUCCCUGACUUUGACUCCACAGGUAAGGCCUGGCUAUAGGAGGUGUUUGUUUAUGUGACCUGUUUGUCCCUAUGUGUGUGUGUUUGUUUUCAAUGCUAUUUUUUACUAUGUCAAUUCUGCAUUUCUUUACUUUCUGUAAACUACAAGCAAGAAUAAAUAAAGUCAAAGUUCUGGUUGGUCAGAUGCUCCAAUGCUGACUUGUUAAUACAUUUUGGAUCAUUUUAAUUUAAAACAAUAACAGUAAGGUACUUAAUUGUUACCCAGAAAUGAUUUGAUUUGACAUAAAAACAGCUGCAAUUGGACCUAUAAUUCAAUAUUCAUGGUGUCUAGUGGUUGCAAAGCUUAUGGACAUGUUGCACAGUUUAAGUGUUUAUGUUUAAAGGUCAACUUUGGGCUCACAAAACGGUCCAACUUCGCCUCUUUCUCAAUUUUCAAACAAAAAUGGGGUGUUAAUUUGGUGGUUCAUCGAUGUGUCAUCCUGGUCAUGGGCGCCGUGACCGACGUAACUAGUUUGUUAGCUAAGCUAGCCACUUGUAGCUAGCCAGUAACUCCCCUGUAUGUGUUAACGUCAUUUCACAGGAUUUGUUUUUGGACGGAAGCUGUAGAGAUCGAUAAGAAAUGGCACUUCUAUAGCCAAAUAUCUCAUUCAUAAUUUUUUAUUUAAUUUUUUUGCAUUAAAUUACCUGGUAUGAUGGUGCAUUGAUCAGUUAUACAGUUUAAAGCUGUUAUUUUUGAUUUUUUUGUCCAAAGUCGACCUUUAAGUGUUAGACUACCAUAGACUACUUUCAGGGGGAGGAACCAUCUAACAUCAAGUUGUAAAAUAGUGAACUACUCCUUUAAGUGUCUAAGUUUUAAACAUGUUUCAUAGCGUGUCAUUAGUCCUACUUGAUUGUUUCAUCAGAAAAAGCUACAAAGAUCUGUAGCGAAUCAGGACAGUGGUUCCGCCACCCAGACACCAAUAGGACGUGGUCCAACUACACCCUGUGUAACUUCCACACUACAGGCAAGCUGAAGGUAAGGGUUGUAAAGGGGUGAUCCAUCAAUCCCAUUUAUUCAUGCUAUUUUGAGCAUACUCUUGAUCCAUUUUACAAUCACAAUAAGGGGACAUUAUGUCAAGGGGAUAAUACAGGUAUAUUCAAUGCAGAGGAGGUCAUAGAGGGAACAAUUGGUCAAAUUAAGCUAGAUAUGGUAAAUAUGGUACAGUAAAUGUACCAAAGCUUACACUUGAUUACAUUUUACAAUCAUGAUAUAUGGAGGAGGUCAUAGAGGGAACAAUUGGUCAAAUUAAGCUGGCAAAGAUUUAUAUUUCUGACCAGUGAGUAGUAGUAAAACUCCUGACCCUAGCAAUGGGAAACAGGCAGGGCCGGUUUCUUAAAUCAAUCAUUGACAUUUUAGUCAUUUAGCAGACACUCUUAUCCAGAGCGACUUACAGUUAGUGAGUGCAUACAUUUUCAUACUGGCCCCCCAUGGGAAACAAACCCACAAACCUGGCGUUGCAAGCGCCAUGCUCUACCAACUGAGCUACAGGGGACACACAUUUCUAAUUGAUUUAUAAAGCCCUUUUUACAUCAGCAGAUGUCACAAAGUGCUAUACAGAAGUGGGACAUCAUGAGGACACAAAGAACGCUAUGAACUAUUUGUCUACAUCAGUGUUCACCAGCCUUUUCUGAGUCAGGAUCUCUUUCUGAGUCAAAAUACAAGCCGAGAUCUACCGCUCAGUUAAAAAAAAUAAACAUGACUUGAAAAACAAGCCUAUGCAACACUAACCAAUUAAAAACAGUUCUGGAGCAAUGAGGUUUGUGCAGUAGGCUAUAGGCCCAAUACAUUAUCACUGCAUAUUGGCUAUGCUUGAAUUGCCCAUGAUCUUCUCAGACAAUUUUGAAAUUAUAUUUUACAAAUGUAGGUAUAUGAUCACACUGGUAAUAGAUAAUUUGUUUUAUUACUUGUGAGGCACAGCUGAGUGAGCAUAAUCAUAUUUCUUUUUUCUACUGGGCUGAUGGCCUGCAUCUGAUGAUCAGCCUGAGGGGAGGGAGGGAGCAGCAGUGAGGCUGCCUCUCACCUGACUCACCGUCCCUCCGCUCUCCCUCCCUCCGCUGAGAAAAGGGGACACAGUCUUCCAGCUGAUGGCGAAACUCAAGUCACACUGCAUUAUUUCUGCCUCAUACACCAUUUCCUGUUGUUACUCCUAUGACCAGAGAAAGUGAAAUAUUCCUAGAUAUAAAAAAAGACACAAGCCGCUAAUAAUAACAACGCAAGCUUAUCGGAACACUUUGCUAUACUCCAUGGUGCAGUGAUGCCUGGAGAAGUGGGUAUACUCUAAUUCUGCCCAAAAAUAAUUAAAUGGCCAUCCCAGCGAAAGAAAGGCACCCUGUGUGAAAAAUGCUAUGAGAAACAGUGACAUACACUCUGAAGGACUUAAAAUGAUAAAUCCCAUGUUGGUCUUUCACAGUCAGGCCAACCCAAGCUGUGCUGUACUGUGCAAGUAGGCUAAUCGUAGGCCCACUAUUGAAACAGAAAUCAGAAAUUCACAGGUUUCAGAUUUUUCCCAAUUUUUUCAGGUUUUAGCUCUCAAAGUCACACUUUCUUAAACAACAAAAUAUGAUGUUCUAAGUCCAUAACAAUGCUUGAACCACAUCAGAAGACCAAGUUUGAGGUCUGGGAACAAUCUAAGAAAUGUUGAUUCUUUAGGGUAGUUACCCUUUAAUUCAAGUGUGCAGGCACCUAUCACUGUUGUUUGGUUAGCUGUUUCUGUCACAUGAGAUGGAGUUUGCAAAAGAAAUGGCAACUGGAUUGAUGCAUAUAAUCAUGAUAUCAUUCUGACAGUUAGGGAUAGGCUACUUUGUAGCUGGGAAAGCCUUUCCAUCUACCAGAAGACGGUUAGGCCUAUCAUUAGCAUUGCUAUAUUUGUCCUGUUCCUUAAUUGUUUGACAGAUUUUUAUUUCAUAUUAUGAGGCAUGUCUUACCUUGCUUCAAAGUAGCCUAUAGCCAAAAUCCCACCAUAGAAACGUGGAGGCAAUUAUGUUUUAUAAAGACUUACUCAUAAUAUACGUUCUCCUGUGCUAUUGGUUUUCUUUCAACUUUCUUUAAUUGUCUAGCAGCCAAAGGCAUUAUCCUAGUCAUAUUAGCAACACAUGAUAGUUGUUGCAUCUUUAAAUCCCUCCUCUUUCUAAAUGUCUAAUGGAUAUUUCCAUCUCUGUCCAUGAACCCGCUCUCAUGUGCAUUUUAGAACAGUGUUUUCCCGCAAUUGCAUUUUGAAAGGUUCACACAUAGGCCUACAUUGCUGCGUCUAAAAUGUGAAGAAAUAAUAGUUUAUCAACAUUUUAAGCUAAACAUUCUGAUCUGUUCCAUCAGCCUUAUUAAUUGAAUCGGCGUAUACUUCCACUACACUACUUUGAUACAUAUCAGUGGGGAUUAAGAAGUGAGUAUACGCAAUGCCCACUGAAAAAUAAGUGGGUAUGUGACAUAUACCUGCGUAUACCCUCCACUACACCACUGACUAUACUCAUUCAUUGCAGCUGCAGUGCUGGUUGUAGUGUGAGUGGAAGUAGGGAGAACGUGAAUUAUAUGGCUUAUAAAAGUGUUGAACAAAGUUUUGACAGUGCUGAAUAACAACUUAAACAUGAACUUACUCAUAAAAACAGCAGCUCUUUGCUGUCUCUAGUCAAUAUCACAGUAUCAACUUUGCUGUGCGUUCGAGGUUUCUUUUUACAGUCUAUGGCUCGAGGAAACUGUGCAGACACAGUGAUCUGAGCUAUCUGAUUGGCCAGCAGUAGACCUAUACGUGCACUUGAUUUGCUCUCUGGGCCUGCCGGGUAGGCAGAGUUCUACCUUCAGACAUAUAAAAUGGUUAAAAAUGGGAACACUUUGCCUUCCCGGCGCUAGGGCUGCUGAAUCAAGUGCACCUGCCACCAACAGCUCAAAACUAAUAAAAAAAAUAGGAACGCAAGGCUUUAUCGUUGUUGUUUUUUUACAGAAAUGUUUGGUGAUUGACUAGGAAUGCCUUGGAGAUUGACCAGUCGAUCGCGAACAACCAGUUGGUGACCACAGUUCUACAUGAUAAAUGGUUCAAGCGUGGCUUAGUCACACCAUGAUUAGAGUAUGGAUGAAAACCAGCUGUGCUGCAGAUCUUAAGGACCUGAUUUGAAAUAUCCAGGUCCUAAACCUUAAAGGGAUGCAUUGGGAUUUUGGCAGUGAAGCCCUUUAUCUGCAUCCCCAGAGUCAGAUGAACUCGUGGAUACCAUUUAUAUUUGAGCUAUUCCUGUAGCCUUUGACAUUGCGGUAACACUAGUUCAUAUUGGCUCGCAAACACUUCCUUCCUACUGGACAUAGAGUCAUAAAAAUGGUAUCCACAAGUUAAUCUGACUCUGGGGAAGUAGAUAAUCAUAAUCAUAAUUGCCCAAAUCCCGAAGUAUCCCUUUAAGGUCCUAGUCUCACCCCUUUCAUAUUUUGUUUACAUCAAGGAAGCAAAUGGAAGUCAGGGAUAAUUAAGCAAUAAGGCACGAGGAGGUAUGGUAUAUGGCCAAUAUACCACGACUAAGGGCUGUUCUUAUGCACAACGCAACGCGGAGUGCCUGGCUACAGCCCUUAGCCGUGGUAUAUUGGCCAUAUACCACAAACCUCAGAGGUGCCUUAUUGCUAUUAUAAACUGGUUACCAACGUAAUUAGAGCAGUAAAAAUACAUGUUUUGUCAUACCUGUGGUAUACGGUCUGAUAUACCACGGCUGUCAGCCAAUCAGCAUUCAGUGCUUGAACCACCCAGUUUAUAAUGGUUCAUGAAUGUCCUUGAUGCACCACUGUAUGGUCCUAUUUGUUUGAAUGUCCAUGUAUCUGUGUUUUCCAGAUGGCCUUUAUCCUGUACUACAUGGCGAUUGUGGGCCAUGCCUUCUCCAUAGCCUCCCUCCUGAUCUCUCUGGCCAUAUUCUUCUACUUCAGGUAAUUAUAGAUGCUGCUGUUGAUUUCUUUAUGAGACAAACUACUGGUUUGAUUAGGGAGAGUAUUCUGUCUUGGGAUUCUCAAAGCUUUUUUUUUUUUUCACUUGAUUAAUAAAUACUUCUGAUGAUGGUAAUAAUGAUGACGAUGAUGAUGAUGGUGAUUAUGAUAAAGAUGAAGAUGAAGACGCACCUAAUCGUGAUGAAAAUGAGGAUGUUGAUGAUGAUAGUGGUGAUAAAAAUGAUGAAAACUAUGAUAAUAAUGAUGACUGUGAUUGAUACAGUUCAGAUGGUAUAAUAUAUUUCUCCUAAGGAUCUGAGAGUGCUUUAUCACUCAUCUUGUCAUUAUUCAACUGAAAAGAUGGCCGUGUGUUUCCUCUGAGAUAACUUAAUUGUAAAGAUGGCCGUGUGUUUCCUCUGAGAUAACUGAAUUGUAAAGAUGGCCGUGUGUUUCCUCUGAGAUAACUGAAUUGUAAAGAUGGCCGUGUGUUUCCUCUGAUAUAACACUGGCAGUGCGGACGUGUGAAAAUGUAAUCUUCACAUUGAGGCUAAAUGUGUUUCCCACACAAUUAUGGAAAUCUUCUCAACGGAUUGUGAUUGUUACCUUUAUACAACACUCUGGUUUCCAGUUUGUCAUUUUCUGUGAUUGUGUUUGGUAGCAUUUGAAGGGAAGACGUAUUGAUUGGAUAAUAUUGUUUUCUUUUCCUCUCCAGAAUUUCUUAAUAUAUUGUUUGACAUUAUGAUUAUCACACACUAUUUCAAGUUUUAACAUCUUUAGAAGCUGAACAUCAGAAAAUAAGCUUGGUUUGUUAUCUGCAUUGGAUUAUGGUCCUUGACAUCCAGCCUACCCUCUUAGAAAAAAGGGUGCUAUCUAGAACCUAAAAUGGUUCUUCGGCUGUCCCCAUAGGAUAACCCUUUUUGGUUCCAGGUAGAACCCUGGUUCCAGGUAGAACCAUUUUAGGUUCCAUGUAGGACCCUUUCCACAGAGGAUUCUACAUGGAACCCAAAAGGGUUCGACGUGGAACCUAAAAGGUUUCGGCUGUGGGACAGCUGAAGAACCCUUUUUUCUAAGAGUGUAAUGAAACUGAAUCUCUCAUAUUUAGGAGGAGCAGUAACAGGGUCACUGAAUGUUUUACUCAUUCUGAUACAUAUGGCCUUUCAGUUUCAUGCUGGCUUAUUUCAGUGUAACUACUUUAAAGUUCACGACCAAAGAACCAUGAAUUCAGGACAGUUUAAGGAAUGUUUUAGUCAUUUAGCAGAUGCUCUUAUCCAGAGCGAGUGAGUGCAUACCUUUUUUUUGUUUUUGAUUUUUGUUUUUUUAUACUGGCCCCCCGUGGGAAUCGAACCCACAACCCUGGCAUUGCAAGCGCCAUGCUCUACCAACUGAGCUACACGGGGCAGGAAUGAGUUGGCUGUGCUCUUAUUUAAGUGCAGGGCAACCUUAAUGGUACUCCCUUACGGGUUCUCAUUCUAAAUAUAGGUUGAGAGUACACACUUAAGGAGGAAUUGCAUAUUAAGGAAAACUGCUGGGGAAUUUCAAUGGAAUAGGGGUCAGAAAAGGUGAUUACAUCAAAGCUAAUCACCUCAGAGCAAUCCGUACAUGCAAGUGCAAGCAACUGACUACCAAGAUCUUGUAAAAUAAUGAUUAGUCUUAUCGAAAAUGAAUUUUCUUCAAAAACAGAUUGCAAGGAAAAAUUAGAGAAGUUAAGAGUAUGUUGAAAACUUUACAUUCUCCAUCUCCCAAAAAAAUAAGCAACAGAAAAAACGACACAAUAUGGCCAUCAAAUUAUUCAAAAAAGACUGUGAAGAAAUGUUUGAUAAGCUAUGAAUAUGUCCAUACACUCAAAAAAAGUGCUAUCUAGAAGCUUAAAGGGUUCUCCGGUUGUCCCCAUAGGAGAACCCUUGAAUAAUCAUUUUUGGUUGCAGGUAGAACCCUUUCUACAGAGGGUUCGUUCUAUAUGGAACCCAAAAGGGUUCUACCUGGAUCAAAAAGAGUUCUACCUGGAACCAAAAAGGUUUCUCCUGUGGGGACAGCCGAAGAACCCUUUUGGAACCUUUUUUUCUAAGAGUGUAUAACCAUUAGGCCAUUAUCCUUGAAGAAACGUUAUGGGGGAUAUAACUGCAGGAGCAAAAACAACAUUUCUGCAUCAUAUUGGUUAACACCGACUUGGGAUAGUUCUCAUUUGGCUCAGUUGCCAGUGUGGAAAUUCAGAAAAUGUGGACAUUUGGCGUGUUUCAAAUCUCAAUGGAUAUAGCAAGUAGGGUGUUAACCAGCAAAUGCAGCUGUGGGUCAACGUAGGUCUUGUAACAGACUGCAAUGUUCCACAAAGUUUAUACCUGCUCAUAAAUCUAGCUAAGACAUAGUGCAGGUGCACAUCUUAGAUGCUGAAUAGCUGCUAUCCAAAACAAAAGUAAACGCUCAAACUACACUGUGUCUGUGUCUUGACAAGAAUCAGAUACAAUACAUCCUUUCUUGGCAUUGUAAAGCGUCAAUGGACGACCAAAGCGAUCAGCUAAUUAUGACCUCAAUGAAGUUUUAAAGAUGGCAAGCAAAUCAUUGCUUUUAGGGGAACAUCGUUUUUAUGAUCAUGGCACUAUAUUUAUAGGCUGAUCCCUUUAAACCUGAAAGUCUUAAUGUUGUAUUAUACUUCCCAGAUGUGCAGUUUACAGUGGCAUUUGACGCAGUACAGCUGCACUAUCUUUUUAUUUAUGGCCUCCCCUUCAGCACUGCCAGGACUCGCUGAUAAAAAUACUCUGGCUUGCCGUGGAAAAGUAGAGUUGGGUUAGCUUUAAAAAUAUUGUAUCACUGUGCGGUCUGAUCCUGUCCUAAUGCAUACAUGAUGCUUGUUGUCAUUAAAUGGCUGUCUGUUUUGACAGAGCCUGUCUGAUUAAAGGGUCAAUGUACAUGCGGUUAGCAUUUUGGUAGUUCCUGCUUUUACUGUACCUUGCAUGUCAGAAGUUGCCCUGACACUCCUUUAGCUUGUUUAGGUGUAGUCUGAGAACAUCCUUACAGCAUCUUCAGAUAAAGAACGUUCUUCUGUCUGUUCUAUUUUCUGCUUAUCCUAGUUUGAAGAUAUUCUGCUAAUACACUUCCUUCGUCCUUUUACUUGUGUUGGGCCAUUUAAAGGUAGCCUCAUUCUCAAAGACAUCACACACCACUGACCCAGAACACGUCAUUUUCUUCUUCUUCUUCUUCUUCUUCUUCUUCUUCUUCUUCUUCUUCUUCUUCCUUUCUUCUUCUUCUUCUUCUUCUUCUUCUUCUUCUUCUUCUUCUUCUUCUUCUUCUUCUUCUUCUUCUUCUUCUUCUUCUAUAAACAACACAUUUACAGCAAGACUGCUACAUUAGCUUCCUAAUGACUGGAGACAGAUAACAGGACCUUGUUGCUGUACACAGGUUUGGCACAAGGUGUUUUCACUCCAGUAAACACUGUUUCAACCUAUCUUUAAUUGCUCCUGCUUGGCAUUACUUUACUAACCUUUUAUAGAAAAAUAGUAUCAUUUGUUUCCACUGCCAUCUCUCGUUAUCUGUAUAAAAGACACCUGUCCACACACUCAAUCAAACAGACUCCAACCUCUCCACAAUGGCCAAGACCAGAGAGCUGUGUAAGGACAUCAGGGAUACAAUUGUAGACCUGCACAAGGCUGGGAUGGGCUACAGGACAAUAGGCAAGCAGCUUGGUGAGAAGGCAACAACUGUUGGCGCAAUUAUUAGAAAAUUGAAGAAGUUCAAGAUGACGGUCAAUCACCCUCGGUCUGGGGCUCCAUGCAAGAUCUCACCUCGUGGGGCAUCAAUGAUCAUGAGAAAGGUGAGGGAUCAGCCCAGAACUACACGGCAGGACCUGGUCAAUGACCUGAAGAGAGCUGAACCACAGUCUCAAAGAAAACCAUUAGUAACACACUACACCGUCAUGGAUUAAAAUCCUGCAGCGCACGCAAGGUCCCCCUGCUCAAGCCAGCGCAUGUCCAGGCCCGUCUGAAGUUUGCCAAUGACCAUCUGGAUGAUCCAGAGGAGGAAUGGAAGAAGGUUAUGUGGUCUGAUGAGAAAAAAAUAGAGCUUUUUGGUCUAAACUCCACCCGCCGUGUUUGGAGGAAGAAGAAGGAUGAGUACAACCCCAAGAACACCAUCCCAACCGUGAAGCAUGGAGGUGGAAACAUCAUUCUUUGGGGAUGCUUUUCUGCAAAGGGGACAGGAUGACUGCACCGUAUUGAGGGGAGGAUGGAUGGGGCCAUGUAUCGCAAGAUCUUGGCCAACAACGUCCUUCCCUCAGUAAGAAGAUGGGUCGUGGCUGGGUCUUCCAGCAUGACAACGACCCGAAAUACACAGCCAGGGCAACUAAGGAGUGGUUCCGUAAGAAGCAUCUCAAGGUCCUGGAGUGGCCUAGCCAGUCUCCAGACCUGAACCCAAUAGAAAAUCUUUGGAGGGAGCUGAAAGUCCAUAUUGCCCAGCGACAGCCCCGAAACCUGAAGGAUCUGGAGAAGGUCUGUAUGGAGGAGUGGGCCAAAAUCCCUGCUGCAGUGUGUGCAAACCUGGUCAAGACCUACAGGAAACGUAUGAUCUCUGUAAUUGCAAACAAAGGUUUCUGUACCAAAUAUUAAGUUCUGCUUUUCUGAUGUAUCAAAUACUUAUGUCAUGCAAUAAAAUGCAAAUUAAUUACUUAAAAAUCAUACAUUGUGAUUUUCUGGAUUUUUGUUUUAGAUUCCGUCUCUCACAGUUGAAGUGUACCUAUGAUAAAAAAUGACAGACCUCUACAUGCGUUGUAAGUAGGAAAACCUGCAAAAUCGGCAGUGUAUCAAAUACUUGUUCUCCCCACUGUAUAUGGAUGAUGAAGCUUUUGAUUACUGCUGAUUUUACCCCCUCUGAUUCGUCAAAUGACUUAUUAUGUGACUGAUAUCAGAUUCCGUGUGAAUCAGGAAUCUCCACAGGGACCUCAAAUACAGUUGUCAGUAAUAUUUUUUGACAACUGAUUCCACUUGUCGAGCGUCGUGCGUGCCAUUAUUUAACACGGCUGAACCGAAGCAAAUGAUUUCAGUUCCUUUGGUGUUGCUUGAGAGAAUUAUUGUAUAUUGUUAUACCAGUUUACAGCAUGCUCUGAAUGGAAUGACAAUCUUUAUUUAUAUUUUACAAGAGGAUCCUUCGUUCAGAUGACUGCAACAUCUGACAAAGUCAUUAUGGGCCAGAGUUAGACGUUCCAAUGGUUCAUAUUAUUUAUCGUCCUGUUUACUUCAUCAAAGCUUGAGAAAAAAAAUCAGUAGGAUGAAAUAUGUUAAAGUUGCAGAUGAGUUUUUAUUGCAACAUGCAGAAUGGAUUUUUCAUCAUGAAUAUUCAUUAUUUGACAGAUAUUUAAAAUGUGGUCUCAUUCGAAAUUCGAUUUGCAUACAUUCCCAUGAAACAAUUUUUAUUAUUGCUCAUGACAAGAAUAAUAUUCCUCCAGUUUUGCAGAUUAUAUUCUCAUCUGUCUAUCAACUGUGAAGUUAUUUUUCAUAUUUCGCAUACUAAUUAUUUAUAUUGAAGCUUGUUCUCUUGUUUCAGACUUACAAUUUACACUCUCUCUGUAGCACAACAAUUCUGUAGCCUAUGUUCUCGACAGCAUUCCUUGCAUAUUUUCACACUAGAAAAUUGGAUAACCAGCUUCAUCUUUGGCUUCUAUCAUUUAGUAAAUUGUUUGCUGUAGCUCUCUCUGUGAAUGUCUGCUGGGGUAACCGCAGCCAGACCCACAUCAUAUGUUGCUCUCUCUGUGAAAGUCUGCUGGGGUAACCGCAGCCAGACCCACAUCAUAUGUAGCUCUCUCUCUGAAUUUCUGCUGUGGUAACUGCAGCCAGACCCACAUCAUAUGUAGCUCUCUCUCUGAAUUUCUGCUGUGGUAACUGCAGCCAGACCCACAUCAUAUGUAGCUCUCUCUGUGAAUGUCUGCUGGGGUAACCGCAGCCAGACCCACAUCAUAUGUAGCUCUCUCUGUGAAUGUCUGCUGGGAUAACCGCAGCCAGACCCACAUCAUAUGUAGCUCUCUCUCUGAAUUUCUGCUGUGGUAACUGCAGCCAGACCCACAUCAUAUGUAGCUCUCUCUGUGAAUGUCUGCUGGGGUAACCGCAUCAUAUGUUAAUGUUAUUAUUAUGCUAUUUGUUUGUCUUCUCUCAGGAACCUGAGCUGUCCAAAGGAUCACCCUUCAUAAGAACCUCUUUGUUUCCUAUGUCCUCAACUCCGCCCUAACCCUCAUCUACCUCAUAGCAGUGGUCAACAACCCAGAUGUGGUGGGAAGAAAUCCAGUAAGUUUCACUUUACUCUAGUUUACUUUACUCACCCCAUAUCACAGUCAAAUACAUCACAGAAAUACAUUUCACCUUUAAGGUAAAGUAGAUAAAUGGGAAGAGGAAAUAUAAUGUACAUCUCUCAGUGUUGCACUGCAUGAUCAAAAAUAAUUGUUUGAAUUCUUAGAAUGAUGUAACACAGCCCUCAAGCACUAUUUUAUUUCAUUCAAAUUAGUUUACUCUAUAUCAAUCAACUGCAAUGCAGCUGUUUUUUCUAAAAGCGUUUGUUCAAAUAUAAUUUGUUCUUUUUUAGCAUAUCUUUUAAUGUGUUAUGCCAUUAACAGACUGCCCAGAACUAUCCUUCUCUUAGCUCUCAGAGUUCUAUCAUCUGUCAGACUUUUGAACAGCUGCAACUCGUUGAGAUUCAGUCAGAUGUGAAUUCUUUGUAUCCUGAGGUCUGUUAAGGUGAAGAUAGUAAAUCUGCCUCCAUGGAAUGAAUGUAACAUUACUGUAUAUGGAAUAAUCAUCCCUUUCUGGUACUUUCAGUAUUGUCUUUUAAGGGACAUUUUCAUUGUCCACCUUUCAAGGAAAUUAUUUGAAUAAAUCAGCUUCUUAUUAUACAGUAUUGUGACUCAGCAAGACAGAGUUACAGAGUCGCAGGCUUCUGUUCCGAAAAAAUACAAAGAAAAAAAUCAAAUUAAAAAAACAAGUCAGAGAAUUGUAGAGAUUAUCUUAAUGUCGAAAAAUCACUUUAGAGAUGUCCUUCAGUUUAGCCAGACACAGAAAAUAACUACCGUCUGGGUUUGAUUUCGAGCCUCUCUUCUGCUCUUCUCCCCGUACCAUCACGUUCUCACUGGAGAAACACACUUCAAGCCUAAUCCAACUGGCAUAUUCACAGUAGAAGGUUUAUUCAGAUAUACCAGCUGACCCUGGUGAUCCAACCAACAGGGAGGAAGGAAUGACAGCUUUCAAAAUGAAUAUGAAUAGCUAUGUUCUAGCAGCAUUGGCUCAGAACCAUCUUUCCCAAUCUGUUUUAAAUUUAUUAUAAUCUGCUUGUUUUGAAAAGCGACAGAACCAAAUUGCAGUUUGUCUUUCACACCUCAGACAACAUGGUCUUGAUUUCCAGGGGAAUACACAUACUACACAUCUUUAGUGGAACAUGUUGAAAUUCUGGAGCGCCAAAUUUAGACUGGGUCGGUCUGUGUUCUGACUGCAUGUUUGAUUUAGGGAUGUGAUGCUCUGUUGGGAGAAUAUACUCAGCUCUCUCUGAACAAAAAGAACAAGGUCUCUUUCUCUCUGGCGGAUCACAGCAGAGACUAGUAGUCGGCCAGUAGUGAAAGAGGAGUGGAUCCCUAGUGCUCAGGUCAAGUAGGCCAAAGACAUGAGACACACUUUGGAAUCAUCAGACAUUAGUGCCUUAAACUCUGUUCCAUAAAACAUUGAGAACCAUCCAGACUGUCCCAUUACAUUAGACUGGAUGCCUCAGUUGGGGCUUCAAGUUGAGGUUUAAUGUGGUUAUGAAGUGGUGAGAAAUGAAGUGUUCUGAUCAUACCAACAGACCUUAGUGAUGAGUCGACUGUCUUUCAGCAUACAUGUAAUGGCACAUCUGGACUCCAUGGCAGUGCCAGGAGUCGUGAAGGGCAGGGAGUGAGUGAGGGAGGAGAAAAAGGGAGAUGGAAGGAGGAGAAAUAGGAGGAGGAGGAGGAAGGAGGAGGGUAGAGGAGGAGGUGACAUAUGGCUAAGAGUUUGUGGGUGACUGACAGGUUUUGAAGGCUGCGUAUGCUGUGUAUACGGACCUCAGGGACAGAAGACUAGCUAAUACCAAUGCCAGUAUCUUCUAAUUAGAUCAGCACACUUGGAGACAGAGGGCUGAGAACCAGGAAUCUCAACAUGGAAAAACUAGAGGAUGAGCCUCAGUGAAUAUGCAUGGGCCUGUCGCAAAUGGAACUCUAUUCCCUAUAUAGUGCACCACUUUUGACCAAGUCCCAUACACUGUAAAAAAGAUGCUAUCUAGAACCUAAAUGGGGCCUUCGGCUGUCCCCAUAGGAGAACCCUUUGAAGAACACUUGUAAUUAGUAGGAAAUACAGCUGUGGAAAAUAUUAAGAGACCACUGCAAAAUUAUCCGUUUCUCUGGUUUUACUAUUUAUAGGUAUGUGUUCGGGUAAAAAUAACAUUUUUGUUUUAUUCUAUAAACUGAAAACAUUUCUCCCAAAUUCCAAAUAAAAAUAUUGUCAUUUAGAGCAUUUAUUUGCAAAAAAUGACAACUGGUCAAAAUAACAAAAAAGAUGCAGUGUUGUCAGACCUCGAAUAAUGCAAAGAAAAUAAGUUCAUGAUCAUUUUUAAACAACACAAUAGUAAUGUUUUAACUUAGGAAGAGUUCAGAUAUCAAUAUUUGGUGGAAUAACCCUGAUUUUCAAUCACAGCUUUCAUGCGUCUUGGCAUGCUCUCCACAAGUCUUUCACAUUGAUGUUGGGUGACUUUAUGCCACUCCUGGUGCAACAAUUCAAGCACCUCGGCUUUGUUUGAUGGCUUGUGACCAUCCAUCUUCCUCUUGAUCACAUUCCAGAAGUUUUCAAUGGGGUUCAGGUCUGGAGAUUGGGCUGGCCAUGACAGGGUCUUGAUCUGGUGGUCCUCCAUCCACACCUUGAUUGACCUGGCUGUGUGGCAUGGCGCAUUGUCCUGCUGGAAAAACCAAUCCUCAGAGUUGGGGAACAAUGUCAGAGCAAAAGGAAGCACGUUUUCUUCCAGGACAACCUUGUACGUGGCUUGAUUCAUGUGUCCUUCACAAAGACAAAUCUGCCCAAUUCCAGCCUUGCUGAAUCACCCUCAGAUCAUCACCGAUCCUCCACCAAAUUUCACAGUGGAUGCGAGACACUGUGGCUUGUAGGCCUCUCCAGGUCUCCGUCUAACCAUUAGACGACCAGGUGUUGGGCAAAGCUGAAAAUUGGACUUAUCAGAGAAUAUGACCUUACUCCAGUCCUCUACGGUCCAAUCCUUAUGGUCUUUUGCAAACCUCAGCCUGGCUCUUCUUUGCUUCUCAUUGAUGAAGGGCUUUUUUCUAGCUUUGCACGACUUCAGCCCUGCCCCUAGGAGCCUGUUUCGAACCGUCAUCGCCAUGCACUUCACUCCAGCUGCCGUUUGCCAUUCUUUUUGUAGGUCACUUGAUGUCAUCCUACGGUUGUUGAGUGACAUUCAAAUGAAUUGGCGGUCAUCCCGGUCAGUAGAGAGUCGUUUUCGCCCUCUGCCGGUCUGUAGCUUUGUUGUCCCCAAUGUCUGCUGCUUGACCUUGUUCUUAUGAACCGUCUUUGAAAUGUUAAGGAUGGAAGCAACCUGACGCUCACUGUAUCCCUCUGCCAGUAAAGCCUGAAUUGACUCCUCACUCAAAACAUUCCUUUUCAACUCUUUUGGCAUGGUCAAUAGUUAUUUUUGUAUUAAUAUUACUUUUGAGGUACUAUUAGCACUGUUUUUGCCAUCCAGCUGGUCCUAUUGCAAGAGGAUAGUGAUGACCACAGCAGUGGUUUUUAUACUUUUCGUUAAAUAAAAUGUGGUUCAUGUGAUCACCUAAUCAGUACCUAAUUCAGUAGAAUGAGAGGUGUGCCUGUGUUGGAAUUCAACAGACACUGGAAUGGAAUGGCUGUCAUACAUGUAGAGAUGCUGAUUUAAGAAACAUUUGCAGUGGUCUGUUAAUUUUCUCCACAGCUGUAGGGUGCCAUUUGGGACACAACCCCAUAAAAAAAAUAGGAAGUGAGUAAAAGACAGAAAGAGACAUAUGAUAGUAUGGUGUUGACUGACAAGAAUGUGGGGAUAUUAUUGAACAGAAUGUAGGCUGCUUAACAGUCUAUUUUUCUUAUUUUUCACAUAAACAUAGUGUAAUGUGGAGCGAGGGAUGCACUGUGGCUCGAGCAGUAGGGGGUAAAUGGAUAAACAUCCUCCUCUCUGGAAAAUCAUAAUACCCCGCUAACGAUUUUGUGUCAGGGCUGGUUGAGUGUUGGGCUUUGUGUUGUUGUUAUUGUUGUUGAAUGUUGUUGUUAUUGUCUCUGUGUGACUCCCUGUGAUCCUAAUCCCCUGCAGGUUGGCUGUAAGGUGUUGCACUUCUUCCACAUGUACAUGCUGGGCUGUAACUACUUCUGGAUGCUGUGUGAGGGGAUCUACCUGCACACGCUCAUUGUGGUGGCUGUGUUCGCCGAGGAGCAGCACCUACACUGGUACUACCUCCUAGGCUGGGGUGAGUCUCACUACCUGCCUUAACCACAGAUCUAGGAUCAGAUUACUUUAAACCAACAACAACAAAAAACUCCAAAUGGUAUGCAAUAAGGCUUUCUGUAUUGGUUAUAGCCAGCAAUAAAAGGUUAGCAGUCAAUUGAAAGUUGAAAGGUCACAAAAACAAAAACUAAUUUAGGCAAAUCAAAAACUACUAAAUGUCCUUAAAAUCUGAUGUCCCAAAAACUGUUAAAUUCUUUCCACUAAAAGAUAAAUUAUAAGAAGUGUAGGAGAGUCAAUCAACAAAGGAAAAAACAAUCUGAUUAUCUACAUACUGACAAGAUGCUGGACCGCUCAUAUGCUGUGUUCAUAACCAAGUGAGAAGGUGGUAUUUACCAACAUUUUCGGCAAUUAAAUGCAACAAAAAUAACAUUAUUUAUAAAAAGCAAUCUAAUUAAUAUGUUUUUUUAACACAAAAAUGUGUUUACAUGCAUGAUAGUUGUACUUUUAGUAGCUUGUGGCCAUUAGCCAAUCAGCGUUUCUGAACGAGUUCAAAGCCUGUGAAUGCAUCCAACUGGUAUGUACGGCUUCACAACUGGUAAUUACCACCUUCCCACUUGGUUAUGAAUGCAGCAUAACAAUGGGAAUAAACGUCCACAAAGGCGGAAGGCAAGCGGGAGGAGACGGGAUCAGGCUGGAACAUUCUAGCUCAUAAGAAGGCACAUACGCAUGUGAACAGCAGCGACAACUCCGAUAUAAAAUCGUUUUUCUCAAAGUUGCCAGAAUGCCAUGUGUGUCCACUUAUGUCAGUACAUUCGUAACAACCUAAACAUUACGAAACUUCUAUUUGAUCAAAUAAGCCUCACAUUGUAAAUUAGAAAUGUCAUUAUUUGUUGAUCAAAGUAUUUUCUGCUUCUCGCUGUAUUUUCGCCCGGACAGAUUUUGGGGUGCAUUUAGGCCUCUCACGUCACAUCUUUCUCUCUGGAUAAACUCACCUUCGUGAUGAUAGGAAGUCCAUAUGUGAGAGUAGUCCAGUAAUUCCCUUUCUCCAGGCAGAUAACCCAAAGGAACAGGUUUCUACCACAGGGGGCCAGUGGCACCUUAAUUUGGUUAAUUGGUUUCCAUGUGUUUGAUAAAGUACCAUUCCAUUCACUUCAUUCCAGCUAUUAUGAUAAGCCGUCCUCCCCUCAGCAGCCUCCUGUGGUUCCUACAGCACACACUAUUUUAAAUGUCAUUCAUUGUUCCUCAAACCACGGCCAUUUCUCUCUCCUCUUUCUACUCACAUGACCCCAUACUUAAAGUGACAGGUGUCAUUUUUAACCAUCAAGAGACAUUAAAUGUAAUGAUGCAGUCGUUUAGCCAGAAUGUUUUUAUUCAACGGAUAAAUCAGAGGUAGGCUAUUCACCUUUAUGUUGACCUCGCUAGAACUGAACCAAUAACUUUGACAGUACACCUUGCCCAUCUGUUUUUGGGUCACAUAAAAGAACAUUGUAAACAGCUCCCACCAUCGCUGAACCACACAUAGAUCAACUUGUGUGUCACACAACAGAACGGGACACAAUCUGUGUCGGGACACAGGAUCAGAGACAACCCUGAGGUCACUGUUAACCGCAACACUCCCCGUGUGUCGACCCCGCCACACCCUGCAUCAGAUUGACAGCUUUAUUAUUAUGAGUGACGUGUUAUAGUAUGAGCCCUGGCCAUCCGAUAAGUGGUACAAUAUAACUGUGAAUGGUCAGCCAUUAUUAAAGAUGCCGCGAUAUAACCUUGGGGCAGUAGCUACAGUAUCAUACACACAGCCACCCAAAGGGAUGGAGGGAUGGAUGGAGAGAGGGCGGGAGGGAGGUGGGGUGGAUGGAGAGAGGGAUGGAGGGAUGAUGGAGAAGCGGGCGGGAGGGAGGGGUGGAUAAGAGAGAGGGAUGGAGGGAUGGAUGGAGAGAGGGGCGGGAGGGAGGGGUGGAUGGUAGAGAGGGAUGGAGGGAUGAAUGGAUGGAGAGAGGGCGGGAGGGAGGGGUGGAUAAGAGAGAGGGAUGGAGGGAUGGAUGGAGAGAGGGCGGGAGGGAGGGGUGGAUGGAGAGGGAUGGAGGGAUGGAUGGAGAGAGGGCGGAGGGAGGGGUGGAUAAGGGAGGGAGGGGUGGAUGAGGAGAGAGGGAUGGAGGGAGGGGGGAUGGAGAGAGGAUGGAGGGAUGGAUGGAGGAGGGCGGGAGGGAGGGGUGGAUAAGAGAGAGGGAUGGAGGGAUGGAUGGAGAGAGGGGCGGAGGGAGGGGUGGAUGGAGAGAGGGAUGGAGGGAUGGAUGGAGAGGAGGGCGGGAGGGAGGGGUGGAUAGAGAGAGGGAUGGAGGGAUGGAUGGAUGGAGAGAGGGCGGGGAGGAGGGGUGGAUGAGAGAGGGCGGGAGAGAGGGGUGGAUAAGAGAGAGGGAUGGAGGGAUGGAUGGAGAGAGGGCGGGAGGGAGGGAGGGGUGGAUGGAGAGAGGGAUGGAUGGAGAGAGGGUGGGAGGGAGGGGUGGAUAAGAGAGAGGGAUGGAGGGAUGGAGGGAUGGAGGGAUGGAGGACCUUGAUAAAUGACUUCCAAAUGGACCCGCAGUUCGGAAUCAUCUGUUUCAUCUGUUUAUGGCCCAGCAAAUGAGAACCCCAAUAAAUACUGGCAUGGUUGUGUUGUUUAUAGGGAAAGGAUUUAACCAGACUCGGUAAGUAGAGGAAAUGGCUCCGUGUGGGGUUGUUCUUGCUCAGCUUGUAGCAGACAACAUGAUGCUAUAAGCUUGUUUUGACUUUAGAAAGAGCUUCCAUUGGCUAUUUGGUUAACUGUCUAUUCUGUCAGGUAUCUUCACUUUAAAUUACAUGAUCAUGCUUAACAGCCUUAAAGGGAUAGUUUAAAGGGAUAUCCACUUACCUUGGCUGUGUUUAUGCUAAUUUCUAUUUUAAGUGAACUUCCCCUUUAACUUCUUCUAAACAGUCUACAGUACAGUAGAUAUACAAUAAGUUACGCUUAUAACUGAGGAAUUACACACUAAUUACUGUAGUAAAAACAUUAUAACUGUUUACGUUAUAAUAAACACAACAUAAUUAAUUCAUGAAUUGAUUAAUUAACGUUUUGCAGAUGUCCUUACAGUGUCUGUCUUCUUGUUUCCAGGGUUUCCCUUAGUGCCUGCAUCCAUUCACGCUGUAGCGAGGAAGAAGUAUUUUGAUGACAAGUGAGUAAUGGUCCUCUGCAGUAGUAUUGUAAAUAAGCUGAGCAGCUGUGUGGUCGGCUGCAGUACACAGAUCUAAAAAGAGAAGAAGAAUACUUUAUUGUCUGUUUGUAGAGAGGGACUUGUUUGACGGCGGAUGUUUCUCCUUCCUGUAGCUGCUGGAUGAGUGUGGAGACCCAUCUGCUCUACGUGGUCCACGGUCCCAUCAUGGCAGCGCUGCUCGUAAGUCACACCCUACUCAAUUUAAAUUCCUAAAGUGGACACUCAGAGGCUACAUCCUGUACAGCCUGGUCUCAUAGACUAGACGUAACAUAGCAAAUGUAAAUCCGGGACACGCAAAUUAGUAUGAUAUGUUACAUUUGGGAUGGUUACAUAAGACAGAAAGUUACUUAAUGCGAACAUAUAGCAACUCAAAGGUUGCACUUACGAAUCUCAUCACGGACAACUUUAGCAAAUUAGCAACUUUGCAACUAUAAUAGACAAAAAUAUAAACGCAACAUGCAACAAUUUCAAAGAUUUUACUGAGUUACAGUUCACAUAAGGAAAUCAGUCAAUUGAAAUAAAUUCAUUAGACCUUAAUCUAUGGAUUUCACAUGACUGGACAGGGGUGCAGCCUUGGGUGGGCAGCCAGGCCCACCCACUGGGGAGCCAGGCCCAGCCAAUCAGAAUGAGUUUUUCCCCACAAAAGGGCUUUAUUACAGACAGAAAUACUCCUCAGCAUCACUCCCACCCCCCCUCAGACGAUCCCGCAUGUGAAGAAGGCGGAUGUGGAGGUCCUGGGCCGGCGUGGUUACACGUGGUCUGCGGUUGUGAGGCCAGUUGGACGUACUGACAAAUUCUCUAAAACAACGUUGGAGGCAGCUUAUGGUAGAGACAUGUACAUUAAAUUCUCUGGCAACAGCUCUGGUGGACAUUCCUGCAGUCAGCAAGCCAAUUGCAUGCUCCCUCAAGACUUGAGACAUCUGUGGCAUUGUGUUGUGUAUCAAAACUGCACAUUUUAAAGUGGCCUUUUACUGUUUAAUCAGCUUCUUGAUAUGCCACACCUGUCAGGUGGAGGGAUUUUCUUGGCAAAGUAUAAAUGCUCACUAACAGGGAUGUAAACAAAUGUGUGCACAACAUUUGAGAGAAAUAAGCUUUUUGUGCUUAUGGAACAUUUCUGGGAUUUUUUAUUUCAGCUCAUGAAACUUGGGACCAACACCUAACAUGUUGUGUUUAUAUUUCUGUUCAGUGUACUUACUACUUUUGAGCUACUUUGCAACUACUUAGCAUGUUAGCUAACACUUCCCCCAAACCUAACCCUAACCUUAACCCUUUAACCUAACUCCUAACCUUAACCCUAACCUUAACCCCUGACCCCUAACCCUAACCCCUAGCCUAGCUAACUUUAGCCACCUAGCUAACAUUGGCGUUAGCCAUUUAGCCACCUAGCUAACUUUAGCCACAACAACUUGGAAUUCGUAACAUACAGUACCAGUCAAAACCUUGGACACAACUACUAAUUCCAGGGUUAAAAUGUUCUACAUUGUAGAAUAAUAGUGAAGACAUCAAAACUAUGAAAUAACACAUAUGGAAUCAUGUAGUAACCCAAAAAGUGUUAAACAAAUCAAAAUAUAUUCUUCAAAUAGCCACCCUUUGCCUUGAUGACAGCUUUGCACACUCUUGGCAUUCUCUCAACCAGCUUUACCUGGAAUGCUUUUCCAACAGUCUUGUAGGAGUUCCCACAUAUGCUGAGCACUUGUUGGCUGCUUUUCCUUUACUCUGCGGUCCGACUCAUCCCAAACCAUCUCAAUUGGGUUGAGGUCGGGGGAUUGUGGAGGCCAGGUCAUCUGAUGCAGCACUCCAUCACUCUCCUUCUUGGUAAAAUAGCCCUUACACAGCCUGGAGGUGUGAUGGGUCAUUGUCCUGUUGAAAAACAAAUCAUAGUCCCACUAAGCCCAAACCAGAUGGGAUGGCGUAUCGCUGCAGAAUGCUGUGGUAGACAUGCUGGUUAAGUGUGCCUUGAAUUCUAAAUAAAUCACAGAUAGUGUCACCAGCAAAGCACCCCCACACCAUAACACCUCCUCCUCCAUGCUUUACGGUGGGAACUACACAUGCGGAGAUCAUCCGUUCACCCACACCGCGUCUCACAAAGACACGGCGGUUGUAACCAAAAAUCUCUAAUUUGGACUCCAGACCAAAGGUCAAAUUUCCACCGGUCUAAUGUCCAUUGCUCGUGUUUCUUGGCCCAAGCAGGUCUCUUCUUCUUAUUGGUGUUCUUUAGUAGUGGUUUCUUUGCAGCAAUUCGACCAUGAAGGGCUGAUUCACACAGUCCCCUCUAAACAGUUGAUGUUGAGAUGUAUCUGUUACUUGAACUCUGUGAAGCAUUUAUUUGGGCUGCAAUUUCUGAGGCUGGUAACUCUAAUGAACUUAUCCUCUGCAGCAGAGGUAACUCUGGGUCUUCCAUUCCAGUGGUGGUCCUCAUGAGAUUGGGUGAAUGCACCAAUUUGUAAGUCGCUCUGGAUAAGAGCGUCUGCUAAAUGACGUAAAUGUGCCCUUGAGCAAGGCACUUAACCCUAAUUGCUCCUGUAAGUCGCUCUGGAUAAGAGCGUCUGCUAAAUGACUAAAAUGUAAAUGUAAAUCAUGACAGCCAGUUUCAUCAUAGCGCUUGAUGGUUUUUGCAACUGCACUUGAAGAAACUUUAAAAGUUCUUGACAUUUUCCGGACUGACUGACCUUCAUGUCUUAAAGUAAUGAUGGACUGUCAUUUCUCUUUGCUUAUUUGAGCUGUUCUUGCCAUAAUAUGGACUUGGUAUUUUACCCCCCCUACCUUGUCACAACACAACUGAUUGGCUCAAACGCAUUAAGAAGGACAGAAAUUCCACAAAUUAACUUUUAAGAAGGAACACCAGUUAAUUUUAAUGCAUUCCAGGUGAUUAUCUCAUGAAGCUGGUUGAGAGAAUGCCAAGAGUGUGCAAAGCUGUCAUCAAGGCAAAGGGUGGCUAUUUGAAGAAUCUCAAUAUAAAAUAUAUUUUGAUUUGUUUAACACUUAUUUGGUUACUACAUGAUUCCAUAUGUGUUAUUUCAUAGUUUUGAUGUCUUCACUAUUAUACUACAAUGUAAAAAAUAGUAAAAAUAAAGAAAAACCCUGGAAUUAGUAGGUGUGUCCAAACCUUUGACUGGUAGUGGACAUACAGGUUGGAGCAGGGGGCUGCCAUACUAGGCGCACGUGGAGCAGUUGUUGUGGGAGGUUAAGUGCCUUGCUAAAGAGCAGAAUGGCAGGAAAUGGCAUCUAGGAUUCGAUACCAGCAACCCUCCGGUUUGCCUGCUCACUUCCCGCCAGAUUUCUCCCGUCAGACUCGGGAUUCAAACUGGCAUCCCUCCUUGUUGCUGGCUCACCUCUCCAACCGCUAGGCUACCUGCCUCCUGCAUAUAUACAUAUGGUUCAUGGAUUUUCUGCUAGAUCAAAACUUAAUAGGUAGCUGUUAUUGGAGCUAUAAUCCUGUAUUGUUAUACUGUUGAAUGUGCAACACUUCAAUCAAAGCAAAUGGUUUUUUAUGCUGGUGCUAAGACUUCCAUUGUUCAGGCAAAAUCAUUAUAAUCAGAUUAGAUUUCAGCUCUUUCAGACACUGCAACCAUUUUCAGCCAUUUAUAAAAUCCCUUCUUUCUCUUUUUUCCCAGGUGAAUCUGUUCUUCUUGCUGAACAUCGUGAGGGUGCUGGUUACCAAGCUGAGGGACACCCACCGGGCAGAGUCUAACAUGUACAUGAAGGCAGUGAGAGCUACCCUGAUCCUGGUCCCUCUCCUGGGCAUCCAGUUUGUAAUCUUCCCCUGGAGGCCAGAGAACCGCCUGGCAGGGGAGGUUUACGACUACAUCAUGCAUAUAUUAAUGCAUUACCAGGUAAUGACUACAUCAUGCAUAUAUUACCAGGUAAUGACUACAUCAUGCAUAUACAGUAUUACCAGGUAAUGCUACUGAUCGCUAUGACUACAUCAUGCAUAUAUUACCAGGUAUGACUAGAUCAUGCAUAUAUUACCAGGUAAUGACUACAUUAUGCAUAUAUUAACACAUUACCAGGUAAUGCUACUGAUCUCUAUGACUACAUCAUGCAUAUAUUACCAGAUAUGACUAGAUCAUGGAUAUAUUACCAGGUAAUGACUACAUCAUGCAUAUAUUAACACAUUACCAGGUAAUGCUACUGAUCUCUAUGACUACAUCAUGCAUAUAUUACCAGAUAUGACUAGAUCAUGGAUAUAUUACCAGGUAAUGACUACAUCAUGCAUAUAUUAACACAUUACCAGGUAAUGCUACUGAUUGCUAUGACUACAUCAUGCAACUGAGUGUAUGCCAGCAGCACAGUCCUUGCCAAAGCUCUGAUCUGACAUAUGGUAAUAUUAGCGAGAGUAUCUGAUGUUUGUUUGUUUGUUUUGCUUUUCCUCCAGGGAUUACUAGUGGCAACGAUAUUUUGCUUUUUCAAUGGCGAGGUAAGCAUUACUGUGCUAGCACAACUUUUCAACAAAACACAAGGGAUAUUUUUCUUCCCUUCCCAUUCAGUUCAACUCUUGGAUAAUUUGUUUGUUGAGGUACAGUAGACAGUAUACAGUAACAGUUUACGCUUGAACCUCUGAAGAACCCUUACCCUUUGUUAAAGUACAGUUUUAAUUGAACCUCUGAAGAACCCUUACCCUUUGUUAAAGUACAGUUUUAAUUUAACCUUGAAGAACCCUUACCCUUUGGUAAAGUACAGUUUACGCUUGAACCUCUGAAGAACCAUUACCCUUUGGUAAAGUACAGUUUUAAUUGAACCUCUGAAGAACCCUUACCCUUUGGUAAAGUACAGUUUUAAUUGAACCUCUGAAGAACCCUUACCCUUUGUUAAAGUACAGUUUUAAUUGAACCUCUGAAGAACCCUUACCCUUUGGUAAAGUACAGUUUUAAUUUAACCUUGAAGAACCCUUACCCUUUGGUAAAGUACAGUUUUAAUUGAACCUCUGAAGAACCCUUACCGUUUGGUAAAGUACAGUUUUAAUUGAACCUCUGAAGAACCCUUACCCUUUGUUAAAGUACAGUUUUAAUUGGCCAUGUUGAGGGGAUGACAAGUCAGAUACCAAUGAAACAGCUCAUCGCUGCCUGGUGGCGUUUCACCUGACACGACUCGUCUGUCCCGUCACGCACACCAUUUCACUGAGCGUUUCCAGGUCAACAGGCGGCCAUCUUGUGCACCUGAUAACACAUUGAUGAGUGGCCCGUGGUGAUAGAGUUAUCCCUAAUGAGUGGGAGGGAGCGUCUCUGCUGCUGACUCCUGUACAGCAGCAAGGACAACAGCAGUAAGGCCAUCUCAGAUGAAGAGGAAAGAAGACAGACACUUGAACCUCUCCGGGGCGAAUCACCCACCCUGUCUGUCUUUCUGACUGUCGCCCACUCAGCUCAGCCUGCAGCUGUUUGCUGUCAAGAUUCACCUGCAUGAACUUUACCUUUUGAAUUUUUAAAGGACAUUGCUGUUUUGUUUUUUUAAGAGACUGUGUAGACUUGUUUUGAAGUCAUAUUGAAGAUGAUGUCAUCUAGAACGCCAGAGGUUUAAACCCAUGCCCACCCACCCAGUCAGUUAAUGUCAUACAUUGAGAGAACGCAUUUGAUAGGUCAGGGUUUGCGUACUACUUGGCCAGUCAGAGACAAGAAUAGGCUGACUGAGCAUUUUCUUCGCUUGAGAAACUAGAAAACAAAAGCAAUGCGCAGACCAAGAAAAACUGAGACCUAAUUUGAAUACUCAGCAUGAGGUGGUAUCUGGCACUGACAAAAACACAGUGAAUUAACACAGCGUUCGUUCAUUAUCAAGCGCAGUGUUAAAUCAUGUUUUAUACAUUGGGAAUUAUUUCUGGGCCGGGAAAACAAGCCAAUCGUUAGCUCAUGCAUGAGCAACCAGACCUCAUCAGCGUCACUCCAUCGGCUCCCGUAAACAAGUUCGACGUGUUGGAAGAACAGAUUCAGUUUCGGGGGGGAUAAAAGGCGCAUUGACACAAAGUAAUUGUUUUUUCGGUUGGGGAAUGUUUGUUUGCUUUGCCGCAUAAUGGUUCGUACUGUCUCUGGGACAUUCGUUUUUGGGGCUGAGUUCAUUCCCCGAUUUGAUUCUGUGGCCAAACUGCAUAGACCUAGGGUGCAUUCCAAAUGACACCCUAUUCCCUAUAUUCCCUACGGGCACCCUUUUCCCUAAGGGCCCUGGUAGUGCACUACAGUAUAUAUGGGAAUAGGGUGCCAUUUGAGACUCAGCCCUAACUACACAGUCUGUUGAAUAGCUCUUGUCAAGUUAAGCCAAUGGGAAAAAAGUAGUACUUAUUUUUAUGUUUUCUAGGUUACGUCUGAAAUGGCACCCUAUUCCCUAUAUAGUGCACUACUUUGGACCAGAGUACAAUUAGUUGAUAAAAAAGGAAAGAGAAACCCUGUGCACAGCAGUGUGUCUAGGUCCAGCUGCUGGUUUUGGCAGGAACAACGAGUAUUACAAAACAAGAGUAAAAACAGGACACUGAAGAAAGAAAUGCGAUCGGUCGCCUGUCUUUUUUCAUUGUGCGUUUCUUUCUUGUUUUUGAAUGCUAGUUGUUGAUAUGCUCUGCAUUAGAUAAUGGGAGAGUGUAGUGUGUCCUGUCCUCAUUUUCCCUCAGUAAUUAGUGUGCCGUUGUUCAGGAAUUAGACAUUCCUUGUUCUGCCUCAGCCCGUUCUUCUGAGUUAACUAUUGGCUCUAUUCAUUCUAUAUCGCGGAAGUUCAGCGUUACAGCAUGAUUGACAUUUAAAGGCAAUGUUCCCUCAAUAGCGGAGAUUGCAUUCACUAUAAACGCUGCAUAUGUCGGCUCAAUCGGAAAUUACCGUUACAUACUUUAUGGCACAAUCUGUAACUCUUCAGCAAUACAGAUUAUAAUAACAAUAAUUAUUGAAUAGAGACCUAUGUCACACACUGCUUUGAUUAACAUUUUUAGACUGCACACGUUUCAUGCAGUAUAACGUUAUCAAACAAGAUAACGCUCCUUAAUCAGAUCGGUGCUGUGCUCAAGAAGUUGAUAGUCUCAUAAUGUAAAAUGUACAAACUUAGUUGGUGAUUUUCAAAAGAGUAACAGCAGAUAAACUAGCCUAAAUGGACACUUAUGUUCACGUGUCUCUUUUGAAAAGUGCCUAACUGUUGCAUAAAUGCCUCAAGCUACUCUACCUGCACUAAACUCAGUGAGGAAGGAAGGUAUUACCCUUCAAGUAAUCACAGGAAAUGGGAGCCUAGAUUGUGAUUCAAUUCGGUUCUUGCCAAAUUCAUGUCUACAAACUUCCAUUAACAUUUAUCAAAUCAAUCCACAUUUCCUGAGCUGUCACAUUAAAUUGAGUUAAUGAUCAAGCAUAUUAAAUUGAGUUAAUGAUCAUGCAUAUUGAUGAAAGUGUGUGGUUAGGCACUAAAAUGUAGCCUAAUUCUCAUACACUCACAUGCACACACACAUUAUUUUUGUAUUUUUUUGUGUGUGAUUACUGAUAAAUUAAUUUAUACAUUUAUAAUUAGUAGGUUUUGUUAUCUGUAUUAAUACACUUUUUUAUUUAUUUUUUACUUAUAUAUGAACAGUCGUGGUCAAAAGUUUGGGAAUGACACAAGUAUUGGUCUUCACAAAGUUCGCUGCUUCAGUGUUAUGAGAUAUUUUUGUCAGAUGUUACUAUGGUAUACUGAAGUAUAAUUACAAGCGUUCCAUAAGUGUCAAAGGCUUUUAUUGACAAUUACAUUCAGUUUAUGCAAAGAGUCAAAAUUUGCAGUGUUGACCCUUCUUUUUCAAGACCUCUGCAAUCCGCCCUGGCAUGCUGUCAAUUAACUUCUGGGCCACAUCCUAACUGAUGGCAACCCAUUCUUGCAUAAUCAAUGCUUGGAGCUUGUCCGAAUUUGUGGGUUUUUGUUUGUCCACCCGCCUCUUGAGGAUCGACCACAAAUUCUCAAUGGGAUUAAGGUCUGGGGAGUUAUCUGGCCAUGGACCCAAAAUGUUGAUGUUUUGUUCCCCGAGCCACUUAGUUAUCACUUUUGCCUUAUGGCAAGGUGCUCCAUCAUGCUGGAAAAGGCAUUGGUCAUCACCAAACUGUUCUUGGAUGGUUGGGAGAAGUUGCUCUUGGAGGAUGUGUUGGUACCAUUCUUUAUUCAUGGUUGUGUUCUUAGGCAAAAUUGUGAGUGAGCCCACUCCCUUGGCUGAGAAGCAACCCCACACAUGAAUGGUCUCAGGAUGCUUUACUGUUGGCAUGAUACAGGACUGAUGGUAGCGCUCACCUUGUCUUCUCCGGACAAGGUGUUUUCCGGAUGCCCCAAACAAUUGGAAAGGGGAUUCAUCAGAGAAAAUGACUUUACCCCAGUCCUCAGCAGUCCAAUCCCUGUACCUUUUGCAGAAUAUCAGUCUGUCCCUGAUGUUUUUCCUGAAGAGAAGUGGCUUCUUUGCUGCCCUUCUUGACACCAGGCCAUCCUCCAAAACUCUUUGCCUCACUGUGCGUGCAGAUGCACUCACACCUGCCUGCUGCCAUUCCUGAGCAAGCUCUGUACUGGUGGUGCCCUGAUCCCGCAGCUGAAUCAACUUUAGGAGACGGUCCUGGCACUUGCUGGACUUUCUUGGGCGCCCUGACGCCUUCUUCACAACAAUUGAACCUCUCUCCUUGAAGUUCUUGAUGAUCCAAAAAAUGGUUGAUUUAGGUGCAAUCUUACUAGCAGCAAUAUCCUUGCCUGUGAAGCCCUUUUUGUGCAAAGCAAUGAUGACGGCACAUGUUUCCUUGCAGGUAACCAUGGUUAACAGAGGAAUAACAAUGAUUUCAAGCACCACCCUCCUUUUAAAGCUUCCAGUCUGUUAUUCUAACUCAAUCAGCAUGACAGAGUGAUCUCCAGCCUUGUCCUUGUCAACACUCUCACCUGUGUUAACGAGAGAAUCACUGACAUGAUCGCAGCUGGUCCUUUUGUGGCAGGGCUGAAAUGCAGUGGAAAAGUUUUUUGGGGAUUAAGUUCAUUUUCAUUGCAAAGAGGGACUUUGCAAUUAAUUGCAAUUCAUCUGAUCACUCUUCAUGACAUUCUGGAGUAUAUGCAAAUUGCCAUCAUCAAAACUGAGGCAGCAGACUUUGUGAAAAUUAGUAUUUGUGUCAUUCUCAAAACUUUUGACCACGACUCUACAGUUAUUAAAACUAGUUUUUCAACCACUCCACAAAUGUCUUGUUAACAAACUAUAGUUUUGGCAAGUCGGUUAGGACAUCUACUUUGUGCAUGACACAAGUAAUUUUUCCAACGAUUGUUUACAGACAGAUUAGUUCACAUCAGAAGUUUACAUACACUAACUGUGCCUUUAAACCACUUGGAAAAUUCCAGAAAAUUAUGUCAUGGCUUUAGAAGCUUCUGAUAGGUUAAUUGACAUAAUUUGAGUCAAUUGGAGGUGUACCUGUGGAUGUAUUUCAAGGCCUACCUUCAAACUCAGUGCCUCUUUGCUUGACAUCAUGGGAAAAUCAAAAGAAAUCAGACAAGACCUCAGAAAAAAAAUUGUAGACCUCCACAUGUCUGGUUCAUCCUUGGAAGCAAUUUCCAAACGCCUGAAGGUACCACGUUCAUCUGUACAAACAAUAGUACGCAUGUAUAAACACCAUGGGACCACGCAGCCGUCAUACCGCUCAGGAAGGAGACGCAUUCUGUCUCCUAGAGAUGAACGUACUUUGGUGCGAAAAGUGCAAAUCAAUCCCAGAAGAUGCUGAAGGAAACAGGUACAAAAAUAUCUAUAUCCAGAGUAAAACGAGUCCUAUAUCGACAUAACCUGAAAGGCCGCUCAGCUACGGUUUGCAACUGCACAUGGGGACAAAGAUCGUACUUUUUGGAGAAAUGUCCUCUGGUCUGAUGAAACAAAAAUAGAACUGUUUGGCAAUAAUGACCAUCGUUAUGUUUGAAGGAAAAGGGGGGCGGCUUGCAAGCCGAAGAACACCAUCCCAACCGUGAAGCACGGGGGUGGCAGCAUCAUGCUGUGGGGGUGCUUUGCUGCAGGAGGGACUGGUGCACUUCACAAAAUAGAUGGCAUCAUGAGGAAGGAAAAUUAUGUGGAUAUAUUGAAGCAACAUCUCAAGACAUCAGUCAGGAAGUUAAAGCUUGGUUGCAAAUGGGUCUUCCAAAUAGACAAUGACCCCAAGCAGACUUCCAAAGUUGUGGCAAAAUGGCUUAAGGACAACAAAGUCAAGGUAUUGGAGUGGCCAUCACAAAGCCCUGACCACAAUCCUAUAGAAAAUGUGUGGGCAGAACUGAAAAAGCGUGUGCGAGAAAGGAGGCCUACAAACCUGACUCAGUUAUACCAGCUCUGUCAGGAGGAUUGGGCCAAAAUUCACCCAACUUAUUGUGGGAAGCUUGUGGAAGGCUACCUGAAACGUUUGACCCAAGUUAAACAAUUUAAAGGCAAUUCUACCAAAUAUUAAUUGAGUGUAUGUAAACUUCUGACCCACUGGGAAUGUGAUGAAAUAAAUCAAAUCAUUCUCUCUACUAUUAAAUAAAGUGGUGAUCCUAACUGACCUAAGACAGGGAAUUUUUACUCGGAUUAAAUGUCAGGAAUUGUGAAAAACGGAGUUUAAAUGUAUUUGGCUAAGGUGUAUGUAAACUUCAGACUUCAACUGUAGAUUUGUGGUGUGGUUUUCGUAUAAGCCCUUGGGCUUCCAACCACAACUGCACGCCCAUUUUUUAUUUGAUUUGUUUAUAUCUGUAUUGUUGUCUAUCACUUGUUUUCUUAGGUGCAAAAAAAUAUAUAUAAAAAAAAGAGUUUGUGUGAUGAGCGUGAGGUACAAACAGGCUAUGUGUAUUUGUUCUUUGCACCUGUCUCUGCCUAACAAGUCUAUUACUCUCUGGAUGUCUGUAGAACCCUGAUGAAGGCAACAGCUGAAAUGCAUUGAUUUAAUAAUAAAGAAGCUUUUAUGGAAUGUACUUCCAUUGUCCUCCAAGAGUGGCUAAAGAUGGUUGUACCCCCUCUCUCUCUGUGAGUGUGAGUGUGUAUGGGUGUUUAUGCAUUUUGCAUGUGUACUCACCCAUUAGAGAAAACAGUUGAUAAUCUGAAUGUGCCUUUUUCUCAGGUGCAGGCGGCUCUGAAGAGACAGUGGAUUCAGUACAAGGCCCAGUGGGGUCAGAGACGGCGGGACCACUGCUCCAUGCGCUCUACCUCCUACACCGCCACUUCCAUCACUGAGGUGCCCGCCUUCAUGUACCACCACGACUGCAACAGCGAACACUUAAACGGCAGACACACCUCUGAGGACUCUGAGCUGGUGGCUCUUAAGACAGGGGAGACGUACGCCUGA